AUGCUGUCCGAAGAGAGCAUCAUUGCUACUACUCCCGAGGCUAUAGAGGAAGUAAUGAAUAUCAAGAGCUACGACUUUCAAAAGCCUGCUCAUCAGCGUAAAUUACAAGCUUUUUUCUUGGGCGACGGCGUGGCCAGUGCCGAUGAGGAUGAUCAUAGAUACCUUCGCAAGGCCAUAGCGCCUGCUUUCAGCCACCAACGCGUCCGCAACAUGUAUUCGGGCUUCUGGCGUAAAUCCGUACAGCUCACCAAGGGAGUUGAUCAGGCAGUCACCCAAAGCAGGUCCGAAAGUACGGCACAGCUACUAGACGUGAAGAUUGAUGAUGCGCCUGAGACAGCUGUCAUUGAAAUGGUACACUGGGCCAACAAGGUCACUCUGGACCUCAUCGGCAUUGCAACUAUAGGACGGGAUUUCCAAACACUGCAAGAUGAAAAUGACCCGAUUGUGGCAAACUACGAGGAGCUCUUGCAUCCCACCACAGGCAAGGUCGUCUAUCUUGCCGCAAGUCUCAUGUUUGGUCUCAACUUUGUGCGCCGGCUUCCGUGGCAACUACCUGCAAAGAUUGAUGCCGUGGUAUCACGAUUGAGAAGCACAUGCCUAGAUCUCGUAAAGGAGAAGAGAGGCUCUAUUGAUAGCGGCGUAGAGAAGGGUGAAGACGGCUCCGUGGCUUCAUUACUCAUUACCUCGAACGAUUUCAGUGACGGGGACAUUGCUACUCACGUCCAGACAUGUCUUCCGGCAGGUCACGAGACGACGGCCUCGAGCUUCGGCUGGGCAUUGUAUCUCCUUGCCACCCAUCCCGACAUCCAGGCGGCCCUGCGAGAUGAGAUUCGGAAGCAUGUUCCGUCCAUGGUACCAAACUACCAUUCACCUACGGAUGCUGAACUUGCUUCCAUCCUUGAGUCACUGCCACUGCUUAAUGGUGUCAUGAACGAAGCCUUCCGACUCUUUCCAGCACUUCCUGUCGGGGUCCGCGCCACGGUGCGACCUACAACGUUGAUGGGACAUCAGGUUCCGGUUGGCAUCACAGCUAUAAUUUGUCCAUGGGCAGUCCAACGUAAUCCAAAAGUUUGGGGCGACAACUGCGACGAGUUUGUCCCCGAGCGCUGGAUCGACACUGACGAGAAGACCGGCAUUAGAACACCAAACAAACUAGGAGGGGCCAGCAGCACCUAUGCCAUGUUAUUGUUCUUUUAUGGACCCAGGACCUGUCCCGGUCAGGAAUUUGCCCGGGCGGAAAUGCGGUGUUUGCUGGCUGCGUUUGUAGGAAAAUUUGAGAUGGCCUUGGCUGAUCCAAGGAAACCCAUAUUGCCGCACACUAUCACUGCCACCAGACCGAAGCAUGGUCUACACCUUAGAUUGACUACUCUGAGCGAUUGGUAG